AUGUCAUUUAGAAAGCGGGGUGAAGUAUUGAAUAAUGGUCGUGGUGGAUCAGAAGGUAUCCCAGGUAGAACGCCUGCUGGUAUGAACAAUGCAAAUAGAACUUUACCUAAUAGAGGGCCUAUAUCCAGUCCUCAACAAUCACGUACACUGACUGGUAGGAUGCAGAAUAUGAGGGUGUCUGGCGGACCUACGACUAUAGCACCUGGCUCUACCGCACCACAUAGUGAAAUGGGAACAGUUAGAGAUGAGGAGAAUAGUGUGUUGCUGAAUCAUCCUGGUAUUAGACCAUCUCCUUUAAGUGGGACAUUUGUUACAUCUACAGGUUGUGAGGAUUUGGAUAAAGUCCUGACCCACAUGGGGCUCCCAUUAGGGCAUUCGAUGUUAGUUGAAGAAGAAGGAACCACUGAAUUUAAUUCCAUUUUGGCGAAGAUAUUUGCUGCACAAGGGAUUGUUUAUAAUAGACUAGCCAGUGGUGGUAAGACUACUGGUGGUAGCAAUGAUAAUGGUAAUACCCAUUUGAUUGUGUUAUCCUUCUAUCAGAUGUUUGCAAAGGAAUUGCCUGGCCUUUACAAGGGUUCUAAGAAGGAUAUUAAGAAGUCUAAAAUAUCUGAUGAACAAUCUAAAUUGUCAAUUCAGAAUUUAGCUGAAAACACAAGUACACCAUCUAGAUAUAAAGAUUUUAAGAUUGCUUGGAAAUACAAGUUAGCAGAUGAAGAGAAAGAAAAAUUGAAUGCAAAGAAAAGUACAAAUACAAAAGAAAUUAAUGAUGAAUACAAGGAUUAUAACCAUCAAUUUGAUAUAACAUCUAGAAUCAUGCCAGCUCCAAGUAACUCGGAAAUAUCUUUUAUUUCUCCAAAUCUCCCUAUUAGUACAAUAUUGACCCAGGUUGAACAAAUAAUUAAGAGACAAAACAAUAAAUUGGUCAGAAUUAUUAUUCCGUCUUUCUUGCAUCCAGCAAUGUAUCAAGCUGAUUAUUUCUCACUGUCAAAAUCUAUCUCUCUGAUUCAUGGUCUAAGAAGCAUAGUUAAAGUUCACGAGGAUAGAUGUGUUCUAUUCGCUACAGUCUCGACUGACAUUUUGAAUAAAUUGUUACGUAUCCAAUUGGAGAAUCUCUUUGAUGCAGUAGUUGAUUUGGAGCCAUUCCCACAAGAUAUGUUGCAAUUCUUAGAACGUAUAUAUAAAUCACAACCUAAUAAGGUACAGCACGGUUUAUUACAUGUUCUCAAGUUACCUGUAUUCAGUGAACGUGGUGAGAUGCAAGUCAAGAAGUCUGAAUGGGCUUUCAGAAAUGGUAGGAAGAGGUUCGAAAUCGACGAAUGGUCUAUACCUGUGGAUGAUGUAGAGAGUAGCAGUAAUGCUAAACAACCAGGAACUGAUGAUCACAACCACGGAAAUGAAGGGGAAACAUCUCAUAACCAUUCAAACUCAAACGCAACUGCACCAAAGAAUACGAAGAUUUCCCUUGAAUAUUGA